AUAUGUGUAACAAAACGUUAGAAAAACGGAACAGAUUGGUCAGAAUCGUUUUAUUACACUAAAUCAACAAAGUCGGACGUUUUUAGACAGAAGGCCAACACAAUGAGAACAAUAUAGGUCUUAAUUACAGGAAUUGAUAAAACAGGUGUUUAAACGUGGAUACCUCUUGUGACGUCAGAGAACAUAUCCCAACUUGGAAAGUUAUCAGAUAUAUCAUUAUGCAUACGAACAUAUGAAUUUUAUAUGUUCUUGGAAACUCAUCAUAAAUUCUGAAAUUAUUUGUUGAUUUCAAAUAAUUGUUGCUGUUGGAAAUACUGUCCAUCCACUUUGGUACACUUUGUUUGGUCAUGGUCAGUCUCCGGACGGCGAGGUACAUGUUGGCGAUCUCUAUCGCGGAGUUCGCGGCUGUACCGCCACCUACUUGCUGCCCGGUAGGGGACAAAAAUGAGACAUCCCUGGUCCCGGACGUUUCGUCACUGGAGGCAGAAUGGAAACAGAGACUCCAUUCGUUUGAGAACUCCUUACUUCUGAGUGUGGAGAGAAGAAGCUUGGCCUUGGCAGCUGUACUCAUGGCACUUACCAUGUCUAUACUACUGAUAGGGACCUGUAUUCUAUCGUGUAGGACGGACGACACCCAGUACGAACCUCUAUCUCAGGAUGAUUGGGACACUAUAACGUCCAGGCUCCUACAGACUACAGAUCAUGUGGACUUGAAAAAUCAUCUUUAUUCUGUACCCUUCCGAGAACCACCGCAAACGUAGUACUUCUCUGAAACUGUAGAAAAUUGAAAUUAUUUCCAGUUUUAGUUUUUAACAUAUAAUUGAUUAAUUUAUUCAUAUAGACAUUCUUGCCUAUCAAGGUACUAUGCACUCUUUCCUAAAUCAGUGAUACUUACCACAAGGAAUACUUACUGGGUCCCUCUAAUACCCGUGAUUACGGCCCAGUGAUACUUACCACAAUGAAUGCCUACUGGGUCCCUCUAAUACCCGUGAUUACGGCCCAGUGAUACUUACCACAAGGAAUACCUACUGGGUCCCUCUAAUACCCGUGAUUACGGCCCAGUGAUACUUACCACAAGGAAUGCCUACUGGGUCCCUCUAAUACCCGUGAUUACGGCCCAGUGAUACUUACCACAAGGAAUGCCUACUGGGUCCCUCUAAUACCCGUGAUUACGGCCCAGUGAUACUUACCACAAGGAAUACCUACUGGGUCCCUCUAAUACCCGUGAUUACGGCGAGCGAAGUCUUCUGUUGUCUGUUGAAAGAAGGUGGCUCUAGUUGUUAAAUCAAAUUAUAUAAAAUAUGUUAUGCAUUAUAUAAUAUACCUUAUAAAAUUGGAUUUUGAUCAGCAUGACUCUACUUUGCUUGCCAUAUAGGAUAUAUCUCUUGUUUAUAUUUUAUUGUUUUUGUUUGUAUAUUAACGAAUAUCCUCAAGGUUAUUUAUCUGACAUCGGAGAUAAAUCAUAUUCCAGUUGUUCCUCUGGCUAAAAUGAACUUAUCUUGUUAAAACCUUGUAAAGAUAUACCAUCAAUAGAGUCGGCCCUAUCAGAAAAAUAUUGUAUAUAAAUUUCCACUUAAGUCUCCGAGCACACAUAUACAUGUAUAGAGCAAAUUAAAAGAAAUAUCGUACUGCAAAUAUUAUCUAAAGAAUAUUUUCAAUCCUAUCCCAAACUUUAUCUGUAUGAUAUUUUGAAGCCUGUAUAUCUGGAUUGUGUUUUGAAGCACGUCCCAAAUAUUUCACCUUACGACUGGUAACCACGUCAAACUAUUAAUUAGAAAACAGAUCGUGUUUAUCAUGUAAAACUCCGGAAGUCAAUGGGGAUACUUUAUGUCGGUGGAAUAUGAUAUUUUUUCCAGACCAAAUGAUUUUCAUUGAUAAUCAUAAUACAUUGUACAGUGUAUAUUGUACAGUUUAAAAUGUAUUGUGCAAAAGACAUUGCCAAAUAGUUUUUUAUACAAUUUUUUUUCUAUAAAAAAAAAUAAAAAUGUUAUCUCAAAC